AUCACCAGAGCCCGGUGGUCCAUUUCUCAAACUUCCGUUUCAUGCAUAUGCAUAUGCAGAUCCUCAUCAUCCUUUGCCCUCUCCUCCUCGUAUCAUGCUUCUUCAAUUAGCAUGCGGCUCACCAUCACCACCUCUACCACCGGGAGGAGUUUGCCAGUAGUGUUCAGAACGACAACAACACUACUGCUGCUGCUGCUGCUUUCUAUUGCUGUAGCGGGCGUCGAUGCGCAACAACAUGUUUACGAUAUGCCAUUGGAGGAGGUCGUGGCGUUGUUGGGGACUAUGCCAGAGUGCGGCCGGACCUGCCUCUUGAAUACCAUCGCCAUCAGCCCGUGUCAAGCGGGCAAUACGACAUGUACCUGCGAGAAUGCCGAGAUUACUGCUGUGACCCAAGCCUGUGUGUUGGAGAGUUGUUCUGUGAAACAUCAAUUGACAACCAAAAACGUCACGGAAACAAUCUGUCAACGUCCCAUUCGAGAUAAACGUGGACCUGGAUUGAAAAGUAUUAUUGCGGGAUUGGUUAUCGCGACGGUCGCGUUGGGAUUACGAAUGGCUUCGAAAAUUCAUUCUCCUUGCGCGGGGAAUGAUGGUUGGUCGACGACGUUGUGGUGGGAUGAUGCUGUGGUGGUGUUUGUUUUGGCGUUGGCUAUUCCGAUUGAUGUUUCGGCUGUGUUGCUCAGUCAUGCCGGAAUCGGAACUGAUGUGUGGACUUUACCGUUUGAAAAUAUCACGAGGAUUUUAAAGAUCUACUACUGGGACGAAGAUCUCUACCUCACCGCCCUCCCGGCCGUCAAAAUCUCCCUCUUACUCACCUACCUCCGCAUCUUCCAAUCGCGCAAUUUCCGGCGCGUCGUCUACUUGGUCAUCGCGCUCAACGUCUGCUACGCCAUCUCUUUCGUCCUCGUCUCCGUCUUCCAAUGCCUCCCCGUCUCCUGCGCGUGGAAUAAAUGGAGCGGAGAGUAUCCUUGCAAAUGCAACAAUAUCAAUGCUCAAGGUUGGGCUUCUGCGGGAGCGAAUGUGGGACUGGAUGUGUUGACGUUGAGUUUACCAUUGCCGCAGUUGUGGGCGAUGCAGUUGAAUAAGAGGAAGAAAUUUUGGUUAAUGCUGAUGUUUUGCGUGGGGUUUUUGGUGACGAUUAUUAGUAUUUUGCGUUUGCAGGUUUUGAUUCAGUUUGGGGAUUCUUUUAACUUGACCUACGACUACGUCAGUGUCGGAUACUGGUCCACAGCCGAACUUCACCUCUCCGUCGUCUGCGCAUCCAUGCCUUCCAUCCGCAAUCUUCUCCGUCGCUACGUCCCCUAUGUCAUGGGCCAAUCGACCAUUGACACCAACCGCGGAUCUCGCAGUGGCGGCGGCGGUGGCAUCGGUAAUCACAACGCCAGCGGCCUCUCCACCACGGCCCAAAACUCCACGACACGAUCGGGAAAAUCGGUCAAAAAUAUUACUAUCCGUACAAUGGACAGUGAUGAAGAGAAUUUUAUUUCUCUGGAUGAUUAUCACGCUGCAAAUCGUACUGCGCCGUUGCAGCAUGUUGGUGAUGAUGACUAUGGUGGUGGUGCUGGUGGUGGUGCUGCGAGAAUGGUAGGUCGUGGUGGAUGUAGUGGGAAUACUCCUCCGCCUCCGAUUGAAGUCGAGGAGGAUUGGAGUCAUGUGAGACCACACCAUGGUGCUGGUGCUGGUGGGGUCGGGGGAGGGAAUCAUCUUGCGACUGCUAGUGAGGAGGAUGCGUAUACGAGACGAACUACGUUGACGGAUACGGUUUGUACUGUUACGCCUGAGGAGGAGGAGAUUGAGGAGAUUGAGCAUAGGGGGAAUAGGGGGAAGAAGGGGAGGUGGAGAAGAUGGUUUUGAAUGAGAGGUGAGGUGAGGAAUUCAUGACGACGAAAAGAUUAAGAGUAGGAGGUCUUGUUGUUAUUGUUGUUGAUAGCGUUGCUGUUAAUAUCCGAAAGUCCCUCAAUUUUU